UCAUGACGUCGUGUUCUAUUUAACGGCCACAAUCACAGAAUAUUCUAUUCUAAAUGACUCCCCGCAGGGGCUGACAGCUCCCGCCUCUUUGAAAGCACCGGAUAGGAGGUCGAUCCAUCUAGAGCACUGUUCUGAGUGAAGAUAAGAAUGCGUGCAUGGAGAGGCAGGCACCAGCACGAACAGCCACACUUCUAGAAGAUUCUAGCCAGUGCGCAGCGCGGCGGUAGAGGAAUAGGAAGGAACGGGCGAAGGACCCGGGGUCACGAGACCGUUGGGUGGGCGGAGCCAGCGGCCGGGGAGGUUCUAGUCUGUUCUGCCUCUCAGCAGCCGCCCCCUUUACGCGGUCACGCUGAGCUAGCGCCCGGGCUUGGGAUCGGGCCGCAGCCUCCGCCGCCCCCGCCGCCUCCUGCUACCUCCCGCCGCCUCCAGACCAUGGACCCCCGCAAAGUGAGCGAGCUUCGAGCCUUCGUGAAAAUGUGCAAGCAGGACCCAAGCGUUCUGCACACCGAGGAAAUGCGCUUCCUGAGGGAGUGGGUGGAGAGCAUGGGGGGUAAAAUACCACCUGCUACUCAUAAAACUAAAUUGGAAGAAAAUACCAAGGAAGAAAAAACAGAUAGUAAGAAGGCGGAGGAAAACAUAAAGACAGACGAACCAUCAAGUGAGGAGAGUGAUCUAGAAAUUGACAAUGAAGGUGUGAUUGAACCAGACACUGAUGCCCCUCAAGAAAUGGGAGAUGAAAAUGUAGAGAUAACUGAGGAGAUGAUGGAUCAGGCAAAUGAUAAAAAAGUGGCUGCCAUUGAUGCCCUAAAUGAUGGUGAACUACAGAAAGCCAUUGACUUGUUCACAGAUGCCAUCAAGCUAAAUCCUCGUUUGGCCAUUCUGUAUGCCAAGAGAGCGAGUGUCUUCAUCAAAUUGCAGAAGCCAAAUGCUGCCAUCCGAGACUGUGACAGAGCUAUUGAAAUAAAUCCUGAUUCUGCUCAGCCGUACAAGUGGCGAGGGAAAGCACACAGACUUUUGGGCCAUUGGGAAGAAGCUGCCCAUGAUCUUGCCCUUGCCUGUAAGCUGGAUUAUGAUGAAGAUGCUAGUGCAAUGCUGAAAGAAGUUCAACCAAGGGCCCAGAAAAUUGCUGAACAUCGGAGAAAGUAUGAGCGAAAACGUGAAGAGCGAGAGAUCAAAGAAAGAAUAGAAAGGGUCAAGAAGGCUCGGGAAGAACAUGAGAGAGCCCAGAGGGAGGAAGAAGCCAGACGACAAUCAGGAGCUCAGUAUGGCUCUUUUCCAGGUGGCUUUCCUGGCGGAAUGCCUGGUAAUUUUCCUGGAGGAGUGCCUGGAAUGGGAGGGGGCAUGCCUGGAAUGGCAGGAAUGCCUGGGCUCAAUGAAAUUCUUAGUGAUCCAGAGGUUCUUGCAGCCAUGCAGGAUCCAGAAGUUAUGGUGGCCUUCCAGGAUGUGGCUCAGAACCCGGCAAAUAUGUCAAAAUAUCAGAGCAACCCAAAGGUUAUGAAUCUCAUCAGUAAAUUGUCGGCUAAAUUUGGAGGUCAAGCAUAAUGCCCUUCUGACAAAUAAAGUCCCUGCUGAAGGAAAAGCAUCUUCGAUCACCUAAUGGAUGUCGCAAUAAUACAAACCAGUGUACCUCUGACCUUCUCAUGAAGAAAGCUGGGGUGCUUUGAAGAUAAUCCCUACCCCUCUGCUCCAAAUGCAGCUGAAACAUUUUACAGUGGUUUGCCAUUAGGGUAUUCAUUCAGAUAAUGUUUUCUUACUAGAAAUUUAAAACUUUAAACAAUUUUUAAACCUUAAAAAUAUUUAAAACAAAUUAAAAGGGUGUGUUAAUCGCUACAUUUUUCUUUACUAAUCAUUUUGUUUUUUUCCUUUGAAUUAAUUACGCAAGGAAGAUACUUCAGUAUGGAAGAUUUAUUGUUCAAGUUUGAGUGAAAUAAAGAUUUAUUAGUGGGAGGCAAAUGUAACAUUUAAAUAGAUAAAGUUUGAGUUGGAUAUAUGGUCACUGAGGCAUUUUGAUUUGUCUUUUUAAUUGCUUUAUUAUUAUUUUUAAUGAUUUGCUUCCAUGAAACUAUUGGGACCACCAGUAUUGCAGUAGGACCUGGGUAGGGACUGGAAGUACUUGGCAGGGCAGCAGUAAUAUUACUACAUUUUAUAUAAUGUGUACCCCUGUGCAGAUGCAUUUAAAUCUUACACUGUGGUGAAAGGAUGAUUUUUAUACUGCUGCAGUAAAAUUGGAUUACUUAGCUCUGUUCUUGUCUGAUAUCUAAAAUAAAUAUUUCACAUUUCCA